AUGGCACUAACGGUGCUCACGGGAACGCGAAAGACGUCGAGUCGACCGACCCAGCAGUACUCUGAAUUUGAGACCAAGUGGCCCAAGAUUCCACAAGAUGAGGCUGGCUGGCUGCAACGCGCCCAAGAAGUCGCAGAUAUCUUGGCAGUAGAUGCCGUAGUACGAGACCAACAAAACAAGUCUCCGCGCGCGGAGAUAGCACUGUUGAAGCAUGCCGGACUACUGAAACUUCUUGGGCCGAGCAAGUAUGGUGGCGGGGAACAGCCUUGGAGUGUCGCAUACAAGGCGAUCCGCAAGGUUGCAGAAGCAGACGGGUCUAUAGGGAUGUUGCUUGGCUACCAUCUUCUGUGGACGACUACAGCCAACGUAGUGGGGACCCCGGAGCAGGCCGAUCGCACCCAAAAGCUUAUCAUCGAAAACAACUACUUCGUUGGUGGUGCCGUCAACCCCAGAGAUAGUGAUCUAAACAUCAAGUCAGAUGGAGACAAUAUUGUGUUCAAUGGAUUUAAGUUCUUCAACACAGGUGGAGUCAUUUCAGACCUCACUGUUUUGGAAGGUGUCCUUGAGGGCACAGAGCACCACAUCUUCGCUCUCGCUAAGAGAGACCAACCUGGCUUCCAGUUCGGCCACGACUGGAACAACAUCGGGCUACGAUUGACCGAGUCUGGCAGUGUCAAGAUCAACAAUAUUGUAGUGCCGUGGUCGGAAGCGCUGGGCUGGGACACUGAGAAGAAACAGCCGGACCCAGCAGUCCUUCAGCUCCCAUUUGCGACUCUACUCCUACCAACCAUUCAGUUGGUCUUUAGCAACUUUUACCUUGGCAUCGCUCUUGGAGCUCAAGCAUAUGCGGCAAAGUACACAAACAAGGGCACGCGCGCCUGGCCAUACGGUGGUGAUAACAAAGAACGGGCCGUAGACGAGUUCUACAUUCUUGAAAGAUACGGCAACUUCCAUGCUCACUUACGUGCUGCAGUCGCACUGGCCGAUCGUGCAGACGAUCAGAUCAGCGCGGUAUAUGCAGAAUACGGAGGCGACCUCAAUGCCCGAGCAAAACUCACAGCGCGUCAACGAGGUGAAGUUGCAGAGUGGGUAGCAAGCACUAAGGUUGUCACAACCGACACCGCCUUACGUGUCACCGCGGGUAUCUUUGAAGUGACUGGAGCGAAGGCUACGAGUCAAAAGGUUGGGCUCGACAGGUUCUGGAGGGAUGUCCGCACGCACACUCUACAUGAUCCGGUUGCGUAUAAGAAUCGCGAGUUGGGCCGUUUUGAGUUGCUUGGUGAGAUUCCGGAGCCGACGUGGUACACGUAG